AAGGGAAAGGGAGGAGGGACGGAGGGGAACAGCAAGCAGCUCCCCCGGCCCCACUGGCCUGGCUCCCCCUCCCAAAUGGUGCGAUGAGGACUGAGGUGACUGGUGUGUGGGGUGGGGACAGCCCAGGAGGCCUUCUUCCUGGGGAUCUCCAGGGAGAGCAGAGCUGGUCCCAUCCCCCACCCCCAGCACUCACUGCCUGAGUUCCAGCUCUGUUUCCACUUCUGUUUACUGUCCAAAGUCCCAGGGGCAGGAGAUGCCAGGUGAGAAUCACUCGGAUACACAGGCUCAGGGACCAGCCCCUUCUCCCCUUUCCCCUGCUCAACUUGUGCCACCCGCCCCAGUUUUCCUGGCUUUAACCCCUCUUGUCCCAGGACUGGGCUGCCCGCGGAGCCGGGAGCCAGCUCCAAACCUUCAGCAGGCUCUACGUUCAAUCCCACCAUCAGCCUCCACGUGAAUCUGCAUCUUAGCACAAGCCCAGCCCUCAGCUCAGCCCCAGCCUCAGGUCCAGCUCCAGCCUGGGCUCGCCAUGGCCAAGGACUCUCAAGACAUCCAGCAGCUGGACUUGGAGGAAAAUGACCACCAACCUCAGCUCGGUAGAAGUGAGGGGCCAGGCACUUGCAGGCAGACUCCCGGGGGAGAAGAUCUACUUUGGAAAGGGCCGCCUGCGCCCCAGUGCUUUGCACAGCGUCUCUGCUCCAUGCUCCGCCUCAGUCUGCUCGUCCUGGGCUUCAACGUCCUGCUGCUGGUGGCCAUCUGUGUGAUUGGGUCCCAAAGCACACAGAUGCGACUGGAGCUGCGGGCCCUGAAGGAAACCUUCAGCAACUUCUCCUCAAGCACCAUAGCGGAGGUCCGGGCUCUGGGCGCCCACGGAGGCAGCGUGGUGGGCAAGUUGACGUCUCUGGGAGCCAAGCUGGAGAAACAGCAGCAGGACCUGAAAGCAGACCAUGCCACCUUGCUCCUUCAUCUGAAGCACUUCCCAGCCGAUCUGCGUGUCCUGUCCUGCCAGAUGGAGGUCCUCUACAGCAACGGCUCGGAAAGGACCUGCUGCCCCGUCAACUGGGUGGAGCACGCGGGCAGCUGCUACUGGUUCUCCCGCUCCGGGAAGCCCUGGCUGGAGGCGGAGAAGUACUGCCAGCUGGAGAACUCGCACUUGGUGGUCAUCAACUCCUGGGAGGAGCAGAAGUUCAUUGCACAACACACAAGCCCCUUUAACGCCUGGAUAGGUCUCACCGACAGCGAUGGCAGCUGGAAAUGGGUGGAUGGUACUGAGUAUAGGCACAACUACAAGAACUGGGCCAUCACCCAGCCAGACAACUGGGAGGGACACGAGCUGGACGGAGGCGAAGACUGUGCUGAAAUGCAGCCGAAUGGCCGCUGGAACGACAAUUUCUGCCUCCAGGUGUUCCGCUGGGUGUGCGAGAAGAAGCGGAAUAGCACCCUGCAGGAGCCCUGAGCCCCACCCCUGCCCGCCCCGCUUCUCUGUUGGGGGCUUUGAAGAAAGGGAGAAAAGUAGAGUCAGGGGCAUAGGGAAGGGUUGAGGAAAGAUGUUAAUAGAAAGGGUGGUUUAAGAGUCUCAAACCCUGGGGAGGCUGAGAUCCCACCUCUUUCCACAAUGCAUUGUAACUAUUCUAAUUUUCAGCCUCCUCAAUGGACUAGGAAAAGAAGAAACAAUUGCUCGAAA